AUGGCUUUAGACCUCAGAAUCUCAUUUCAGGGAGAACCAUCUAGGAAUGAUUCUGGGUCAGAAAACCUAGAGCAUAAACCCUGUCAAGGACAAGCCAUUCAGGAGGAAAAGGAGAUCUGGGAGUUCCCGAGGACUCAGCUCAGUUUAUUACAAAACAAUAAUAACUUAUGUGCAAGGCAGGAACUGCAAAAUCUCUAUAAGUUAUUUCACUCAUGGCUUCAGCCAGAAAAACACAGCAAGGAUGAAAUUAUUUCUCAUUUGGUCCUGGAACAGUUUAUGAUCAAUGGCCACUGCAGUGACAGGGCCAUGUUGAAAGAGAAAUGGAAUGCCAGUGGCAGAAACCUGGAGAAAUUCAUGGAAGAUCUGACUGACGAUGGCAUGAAGCCACCUGGAUUAGUCCACAUCCACAUGCAGGGACAAGAAGCCCUCUUUUCUGAGAAUAUACCCUUAAGAGAAGUCAUUGUUUAUUUCACGAAACAGUUGUCAGCAGGGACCUCAACAGAAGAGAACAUGGGGACACCCUCCUGGACUCCCCAAGAUACUUCCCUGGAAACAGGACAAGGAGAGAAAGCUAAAGAAAAUGGCGACAACAUUUAUCCCAUAAAUGACAGUAUUACCAGUCAAAGCAGUCAAAUACCUUCCCUUCUCAUUAUCCGAGAAGAGGACAGUGUUUCUUUGAAGAAUCCGCUUAGCUCCAGAAGAGCAGCUCUAGGCACAUCCGGGUCCCAGGAAGGGGCCCUGGAAGGACCCUUCUGUCAAGAUGUCCUUACAGAUGGGGGACCAGGGUUUCUCUCUCAGCUGGUCCAGGUCACCCCUGAGCCUGUUCCUACCCACCAGAGAACUGAGGGGAAAUCCCCAUGUAGGGGACAGCAAGGAGGAUGCCGUGAAACACAAAAGUCAUACAGAUGUGAAAAGUGUCCUAGGUUCUUCAGGUAUCUCUCUCAGCUACAAGCCCAUCAGAGAAGACAUAAGAACGAGAGGACAUUUACUUGUGCUGAGUGUGACAAAGGCUUCUUCCAAGCGUCAGACCUACACGUGCAUCAGAAGAUUCAUGCAGGAGAGAAGCCUUUCACGUGCAGCAUGUGUGAAAAAUCCUUCAGCCACAAAACCAACCUUCUGGCCCAUGAGAGAAUCCACACAGGAGAGAAGCCUUAUGAGUGCUCCCUCUGCCACAGAAGCUACCGCCAGUCAUCGACCUACCACCGCCACUUGAAGACUCACCAAAAGAGGGCCUCCAGAGGGCUUCCUUCCACACCAGGAGCUUCCUCAGACGCCCAACCUUCGCCGCAGGACUUCGCCGACUCCCCGACUCCCGGCCGCAGAGCCGUGGGGACUACACCGCCCAGAAUGCCCGGAGCCGAGCGACAGCGUCGCUGUCCAAUGAGCACUUCAGAAGGGUUCUUCCGCGCGUGCGCGUGCCGUGCGGGUGAGACUUCCGGCUGCUUCCGCAUGGUGGCCAUCAUAGCUGCUGUCGGUUUUGCGCGCGGGCUUGGCAACGCGGCUUGGGCUGCCCCUCGCUGGGGCGGAGACCGGGACCACCGGCCCGGUGCUCUCCGCUCACGGAGUCCGAUGGCGGCGGCCGCGCCCAGGGACCCGGCUCCGGGAGUCGGGGGUGACCCGGCGUGUGUGAGCGCCGGCGGGCUGCGCGCGGGAGCGGGCUCCGGUGAGAGGCACGUGGUGAGGGGCGAUGUUGAGCCCUGA